AUGCGUGCGCCGGCUAUGGCAGCGUCGCACAUUCUGCCAGCGACGGAACCAACCACCAACCUGAAUCAAACGCAGACGCCAAGCAAUCUUGCGAAUUCCAUGAGCCUUGCGUCCGCUGACUGCAGUGUGUCGGCAUCAGAGACAAAUUACACAAUAAAUAGUCCGACACAUACAUCGCCGUCAUCUUCAAAGCAUGGUCGCAAUCAGUCGACGAUAAAAAGGACGACCGAUUCGCAAAAUUAUAAUCAUUCAUACCUGCCUGAUAGCCACACAGAAUUUUCUAGUCAACAAGCGCAAAAGUCUUCACCUGAACGCCAAACACCUUCAGUGCUCUGUUCUACAUCUACAUAUUAUUCAUCAAAUUGUUAUAAAAAUUCUGUUCAAAUAACAAAUUCAAAUUGUGAUACGGCACCUCAAUAUCAAACAUUAUCAUCGAAUUCUCCAAAAUACCGUUCAAGUCCUGCAGAUUAUCUGGUGUCUUCAAAUUACCCCACACGCCGCCAGAUACCUCACCCAAGACAGAGGAUUAAUUUAGCAAGUAGCAAUAAUUACUCAGAGAGGACAUCGUCUGAAUCUUCUCCAACGUCGCCGGAUUACAAAAGAAAUUCACAUUUACAAGUCGGUACGUCGAACUGCUUGCCAUCGAAGUCGGCCAAUACGGCAUCAAGUAAUUGUCAAAAGGUUCCCGUGGUGUGUUGCUCCACGACGUCCGACAGCGCGGCCACGCUGACCGCGAUGGGCUGCCCGGUCAUUGCCCAACAUGGAGUCAGCUCGAGCGAGGCGCUUCAGAGCGAUUCCAACAGAAAAGUCACCAUCUCGCUGGACGAGAGGGAUCUGUGGAUCCGCUUUCAAGCGCUCACCAAUGAGAUGAUAGUCACAAAAAAUGGCAGGCGAAUGUUUCCGGUUGUGAAGGUUUCAGCAUUUGGUUUGGAUCCUGCGGCGAUGUAUACAGUGCUUUUAGAAUUUGUACAAGUAGACCAACAUCGGUGGAAAUAUGUCAAUGGUGAAUGGGUACCAGGUGGUAAGGCAGAAGCGCCGCCGGCAAAUCCAAUCUACAUUCAUCCUGAGUCUCCAAACUUUGGAGCGCAUUGGACAAAAGAACCAAUAAGUUUUGCAAAAGUUAAACUUACAAACAAAUCUUCGAAUAGUAAUGGCCAAAUAAUGCUAAAUUCGCUUCACAAAUACGAGCCUCGGGUGCAUCUGGUUCGAGUCGGGGCGGAUCCCCGUACGGUGGAGACAAGGCCGUUUCCAGAGACGCGAUUCAUCGCCGUCACCGCCUAUCAAAACGAAGAGGUCACGGGACUGAAAAUCAAAUAUAAUCCAUUUGCCAAAGCUUUUCUGGAUGCUAAAGAACGUCCAGAUGGAGGUGAACAUGAAUCGAAAUAA